UCUACGACUUUGUUCAAACCAAAUCAACUGCCGCCCACACCACCCCAUUUCCUGAACCUCACUCUCUCGCCGCCUCUCACUCCUCUUCUCCGGCCAUGUACCACGCCGGCGGCUGAAACGCCGAUCUGCAAAUUGGAAAUUUCCCGGCCUUCCCGAAACCUGUUCUCCGUCUUCCUCUUUAGAGCUUUCAAUCUAUUAUCAAAUCCUAAACCUCAAAUUUAAUGUUACUUUGAACUUGACCUUUAAACCCUAGACGCACGGUCGUUAACUUUUGCUCUCAAAUUCGCGUUCAGUAAUGUUCUCUCCGGCGACGAAGAAGUCCACCUUCAGCGGUCGCAAGCACCGUAGUCUUCUCGGUCACUCUGCAACGGCCAACUCUCCUCCGGUCACUCCGCUCGCCGAGAACCGCCAAUUGCUCCCUGACAACUUGGUGCUCAACCGCCCCGCCACGGGCACUCCUGCUCCAUGGGCCUCUCGCUUAUCCGUUCUAGCCAGAAUGCCACCAGUCAAGAAAAGUGAGAAGCUGGAUGACGCAGACCCACUCCAGCCUGUUUUUGUUGGGGAGUUUCCCCAAGCGGUUCGUGAUGAGCUAGCCAUGCCCAUGCAAAUGCAUGCUCCUGGUGCUUGUUCCAUCUCUGGUGGAUUGGACAAGGAAACUUCCCUUGCAUGGAUUAUCCAUGGCAGCAAACUCUUUACUUGGAAUUACUUAUCACCUGCUGCUUCAAGAAAAUGUGUUGUUAUUGAUCUUCCUUUGAGCGUCUUGGAAGAUGGACAGAAUGGCAGAAACUCAGGUUCUGAUAACAAUUGGAUGGUCUGCAUUGUCAGUCGGGAUCAAACAGUUAGGAAAAUGGACAAAGUUGUUCAACAUUGCAACUCUGCCAGUAUUGUCAUGUGUAAUCAGAGAACUCGAGCUCUUAUAUACUGGCCAGACAUAUAUUCUGAAGGCGGGAAUUCUCCAGUUACAAGUCUUGCAUCAAUUGAUGAAUUAGAGAUGGCAGAUUCACUUACUGAUUGGACCACCCCAAAUAGGCAACAACAACAUUCCAAGCAAGGAAGCAUUUCAAGCGGGUCAAGUUGUUUAAAUUCUUUGAUUGCUUCUGUAAUUCCUGAUGUCAGGCACACCUGUGUUGCUUUUGCAUGUGGUCCUAAUAGUGAGCUUUGGCAGUUUUACUGUAGCCCCACCGGUGUUCAGCGGAAGAAGAUUUAUCUGGACAAUUUGAAUUCAGUAUCUCAAAAAAGUGAUAGCUGCCUAGUUACAGGGGGCAAGGGGUAUCCAAGGUCAAUGAUUUGGCGUCUUCCACAUUAUUCUUCAGAAGAGCGCAAUCGACAAUUUUUCCUGCUAACUGAUAAUGAGAUACAGUGUUUCAAUGUUACACUUUCCCCUGACAUAACUGUGUUGAAGCUCUGGUCUAAUGAAAUCAUAGGAGCUGAUGGUGAUUUGGGCAUCCAAAAGAAUUUGGCUGGUCAGAAACGGAUCUGGCCUCUGGAUAUGCAGGUUGACAUCCACGGCAAAGUAUUUACUAUUCUCAUUGCUACAUUCUGCAAAGAUCGGUUAAGCAGCUCAAGCUACAUAACGUAUUCACUUCUGCCCAUGCAAUAUAGGUCUGGGGUAGACAUCUCCCCUGAAAAUAUUGUGUCACUUCAUGAGAGGAUUUUGGAGAAAAAGGCUUCCAACCGAGUUAUAAUUCCUAAAGCAAGAGUAGAAGAGGAGGACUUCUUAUUUUCCAUGAGAUUGCGAGUGGGGGGAAAGCCUUCUGGAUCUACUAUUAUACUUUCUGGUGAUGGGACUGCUACAGUAUCACAUUACUGGAGAAAUUCUACUAGACUCUACCAGUUUGAUCUACCUUAUGAUGCUGGAAAAGUGCUAGAUGCUUCAGUUUUUUCUUCCUCGGAUGAUGAUGAAGAUGGGGUGUGGGCUGUACUCACAGAGAAAGCUGGUGUUUGGGCAAUUCCUGAAAAAGCUGUUGUACUUGGUGGAGUAGAACCCCCUGAACGAAGCUUAUCACGUAAAGGGAGUUCUAAUGAAGGAUCUGCACAGAAGGAGAAAAGAAACUUAUCAUUUGCAGGCAAUAUUGCUCCUAGAAGGGUUAGUUCAGAAGCAUGGGAUGCUGGGGAAAGACAGAAGGCAGUUUUUACUGGAAUUGGACGCCGGACUGCUCAAGAUGAAGAGUCAGAAGCUUUAUUGAACCAUCUUUUCCAUGAGUUUCUUUCAUCUGGGCAAGUUGAUGGUUCACUUGAUAAGCUUCGAAAUGCUGGGGCAUUUGAAAGGGAUGGAGAAACGAAUGUUUUUGCCCGAGUGAGCAAAUCAAUUGUUGACACCCUAGCUAAACAUUGGACAACAACCAGAGGUGCUGAGAUUGUGGCUCUUGUUUCCACUCAACUCAUGGAUAAGCAUCAGAAGCAUCAGAAGUUUCUCCAGUUUCUUGCUUUGUCCAAGUGCCAUGAGGAACUGUAUUCAAGACAGAGACAAUCACUGCAAACUAUCAUGGAACAUGGUGAAAAACUUGCUGCUAUGAUUCAACUUAGGGAGCUGCAAUAUAUGAUUGGCCAGAAUCGAUCUGCUGGAGUUGGCUCUUCUAAUUCUACUUCAGAAAAUGAAAUUUCUGGAUCCCUUUGGGAUCUAAUUCAAUUGGUUGGUGAGCAUGCCCGUCGGUGUACCGUUCUUCUAAUGGACAGGGACAAUGCUGAAGUAUUUUACAGUAGAGUUUCAGAUCUGGAAGAAUUAUUUUAUUGUUUAGACAAACAGUUAGGAUACUUGAUCAGGACGGAGAUGCCUCCAGUGAUUCAGAUUCAAAGAGCUUGUGAACUCUCAAAUGCCUGUGUGAAUUUAAUACGCACAGCAACACAGUACCAAAAUGAGCAUCACAUGUGGUAUCCCUCUCCUGAGGGUUUAACACCAUGGUAUAGUCAACCUGUUGUAAGGAGUGGCUCGUGGAGGAUUGCCUCUUUCAUGAUUCAGCUGGUAACUGAAAUAUAUCAUCUUGAUUUGUCUAGAAAAUCAGACUUUCAUUCUAACCUCGAAGUACUCUCUGAAUUAUUACUUGAGGCAUAUUCUGGUGCCAUCACUGGAAAAAUUGAGCGUGGAGAAGAGCACAGAGGAUUGCUGGAUGAGUAUUGGAGUAGGAGAGAUGCUCUUCUUGACUCUCUUUAUCAACUUGUGAAAAGUUUGGCUGAAGCCAGAUGUCAGGACUCUGGUGAAGGAAAUGAAGAGCUUAGUGAAGUGAUUUUUAGGAAUCUUUCGUCCCGUUUAUUGUCUAUUGCAAAACAGCAUGGUGGAUAUCAAACUCUGUGGAAUAUAUGCAGUGAUCUUGAUGAUUCAAAACUCCUUAGAAGCCUUAUGUAUGAGAGCAUGGGACCUAAAGGAGGGUUUAGUUAUUUCGUGUUUAAACAAUUGUAUGCCGCAAAAGAUUUUUCAAAACUUAUAAGACUCGGGGAAGAGUUCCAUGAAGAGCUAGCUAUUUUUCUCAAGCAGCACCGGGAUCUUCUCUGGCUUCAUGAACUGUUCCUCUAUCAAUUUUCCUCAGCUUCCAAUACUAUUCACGAAUUGGCUCUUUCUCAAGAUGAUGACUUAACUGGGGCAGCUGUAGAGGACACUGAAUCUGAGGGUGCAAAAACGAAUCCAACAUUAGAAGAAAGAAAGCGUCUUCUGCAUCUCUCGAAGAUUGCUGCAAUGGCAGGAAAGGAUGCUGAUUUUGAGAAAAAGGUGAGGCGCAUUGAAGCUGAUUUGAAGAUUCUGAAGUUGCAGGAAGAGAUUGUAAAACAUCUUCCUAAUGAAGAAAAACAAAACAUUGGAAAUCGGCUUCUUCCUCCAUUAGACCUUAUUGAGCUGUGCCUUAAAAGUUCAGAGCCAGAGCUCUCAUCGUGGGCUUUUGAGGUGUUUGCAUGGACCAGUUCCUCCUUUCUUAGGUGUAAUGGAAGCCUCUUGGAAGAGUGUUGGAGGAAUGCUGCUGAUCAGGAUGAUUGGGAGAAAAUCCAUCAGUUGUCAUUAGCCGAGGGGUGGAGCGAUGAAGAAACCAUACAAGCUCUGAAACAAACCAUGCUUUUCCAAGCUUCAGUUAGGUGUUACGGACCUGACGCAGAAAGUUUUGAAGGCAGCUUCCAUGAAGUGCUGCCAUUGAGGCAAGAAAAUUUGGAGCUUUCAACACCAAGGGAUAUGGGUUCUUCUGUAGAAACCAUCUUGAUGCAGCACAAGGACUUCCCUGAUGCCGGCAAACUUAUGCUGAUGGCAAUCAUGUUAGGUGUGGCCGGAGAUGAUGCCGGAGUUGAAGAGGCUGUGCCAAUGGAGUGAGUGAGUGAAUGUAUCAAUCUUGUAGUACAAGUACAUUCAUACCAUGUUCAGAUUGAAAUCAGUUUUGCUUUCAGUUUUUAGAGAAGCAGCCUAGCUUGUAUCUCCAUCUUUCUUUACAGAUUUCUGUAAUUUCUAUUGGAAACAUAAUUUUUCUGGG